AAGGGUUUUAGGGCCUCUCUGUUUCUUCCCUCCCUUUCCCUUCUCUCUGACUCCGCCUCCCUUGGUCUUCCUUCCCUGGCGGCGGCGGCGGCGGCGGCGGCGCCACUCUUCACGUCUUCGGCCAGCCCUUUGCCGGCGACGAGCAUCCACCAGUAAAAAUGGUGGGACGUUCAAGUGAAGAAGCCCGGGCUCAUGAUGAAGUCACCAUGGAUGAUGUUGAUUCCGAUGUGGAAGAAUCAGGCUCGGAAGAUGAUUCAGGGGAAGAAGCUCAGGCUAAGCCUUCAGACAAAGCUAUAUACAACAAGGAGGCCAUUCUUGAAAAACUUGAAGACAUAGCCUGGCCCAAGAAUGUGGACUGGAUGCACAAGCUCACCAUUGAGUAUGACCAAGGGGAAAAGGUUGAUGUGAAUGAUGAUCUUGCCCGUGAACUUGCGUUUUACACCCAAGCUUUGGAUGGCACAAGGCAGGCCUUUGAGAAGCUGCAGUCAAUGAAGGUUCGGUUCCUCAGGCCAACAGAUUACUAUGCUGAGAUGGUCAAGACUGACGCGCACAUGCACAAGAUCAAGGGGAGAUUGUUGUCAGAGAAGAGGAGAAUCGAGGAGGCUGAGGAGAGGAAGAAAGCUAGAGAGGCCAAAAAGAUAGCAAAGGAGGUGCAGGCAGAGAAGAACAAGCAGCGGGCUAAGGAGAAGAAGGAGCAGAUUGAGUCAGUCAAGAAGUGGAGGAAGCAGAGGCAACAGGGGGGAUUCGCCAAGGGAAAUGAUGAUGUGCCAGACCUGAACUUUGAGGGAGAGGAAGGAUUUAAACAAUCUAAGAAAAAGAGGCCUGGGGUUUCUCCUAGUGAUAGGUUUGGUGGUCUUGCUAAGAGAGGUAAAGAAGGAAAGAACAGGAGGUCAAGAGAUGCCAAGUUUGGGCAUGGUGGUCGUAAAGGGCUGAAGAAGCAAAACACUGCUGAGACCACGAAUGAUUUCAGAAGCUUUAACAAGGGGGGUGAGUCUCAAAACAAGAAGAGAAAGAGAUCUUGAUGCAAUAUUGUAAUAAUUUGCGCUCAGUUCCUUUUGCCGUUAUUACUAUUCUUGUUGCAACUUUGCUAUGGUGCGUUGUAACCAUCUUAAACUUGCUUAGGUUCAAGGUCGUGUGCCUUCGUUGUAAAACUCCUGCUUCUUAUUAAUGAAAUGUCUGCCCAGGAAAGUUCUUGAAAGAGAAAAAAAAA